AUGUAUAAGCGUCCUGGCCAGAGGCGGGCGGUGCGCGCGGGUGCGCGUGACGCUCGGGCUCCCGGGCUGCUUGGCCUGGGCGGCGUCCCUCUGCUCAGGGUCCCCAGCCACGACAGUGAGCCGACUGAAGAGGGCUGGGGGCCUUUUGCUGGGCUGGAUCCUGUCCCUGAGCACCGAGGAAAGGACGACGCCGUGGCCCUGGGGUUGUCCGCCUGUGGCCAGUGCCGGAGCCCGGACUGCCCUCUCCUCACCCAGCAGAGGCCGCAGAGCACACUGCUCGCCUGGGCCCCAGGUUCUCCGACCCGGCGAAGCUUCGCAGGCUGCUGGGAUCCCCGGCCGGGAUGCACUUCAGCACCGUCACCAGGGACAUGGAAGGUGAGCCUCCUGCUGCGUCUACACGGACCCGCCCGCCCGAUCUCCUGCCCCUGCUGCCAUGGGGCCCAAGCAAAGAGGGUUGGCAGGAUCCGGGCAAAGAGCGGGUGGAGGGAGCUCUGGCGGGGUGAGUUCCAGGCUUCUAGCUUGGACUCUAGGGUGGAGAGGAAGCGGGGCAUCCUGCCCAAAUUCUGUGCCCCUGUCCAGCCUGGGGACCCUCCAGCCUGGGGACCCCGCUGCAGAGACCCGCACGCAGCUAGACACAGGAGCAUGAGAGGGAGAGGGGAGUCUGGGAGGACAGGAAAGAAGGACCAGAGAAAGGCGGUGGCAGAAGGGCCGUGAGCUCAGAGAGGCGGGAGGAAAGGAGAGGAGCGUGAGAUUGUCAGGGGACACGGAAAAGGGGGGAGGCAGCAGGAGAAAAAGAAAUUGAGAAAUGGAGAGAAAACAUAAAACCCAAAAGAAGAAAGAUGAAAAGGAAAUGAAGAGGGCAAGAACGAAAGAGAAGAGAGUGGAGGAAAAUUUACGAAAGAAAGUUGAGUCAUUAAAAAAAGAAAAAGAGAAAGGGUUCAGUUUUUAUUCAAAAAAAAAGUUAAAAGCCAUGAAUAACAGACAGACACACGCAGAAAGGAGGGGGACAGGCAGACUGAAAAGAAAGACAAAGCGCUGAGCGGCUAGCAGGAAAAAGAGGAACAGGCAGAAAAUAAAACAGAAAUAAGGAGACGCGAGAGAGAUAGUGGAAGGAGGAAAGAGGAUGCGGAGAGGAGACUUGAACGAGGAAGACAAAGGUAAGGAAAUAACAAAUUGCAAAGAGCCCGGAGAGAGAAGUGCAACGCGGGAGGGCGGCAGAGCGAGGGGCGGCCGGCGGGCGCUCGCUCGGGGGAGCCGGUCCGGGCGGUCGGGGGGCCGGGAGGAGGCGGGGGCGGGGAGGGGGCUG